AUGGCCACAGUGGGAGAACAGAUACAGAUCAGCACACACACUAUCGACAAGGUGACCAAGGCAAAAGUCACCCUGGAGAACUACUACAGCAACCUGGUGUCUCAGAACGAUGAGCGCGAGUGUAGACAUCGGCGCCUAGAGAAAACGAUGAACGAAGAAGGCCUCAGUGAUGAGCAGAAAAGCGAGCGUCGACUUCAGCACGCCGUGAAGGAGACGGAAUUUCUCCGGCUGAAGCGAUCCCGUUUGGGCGUGGAUGAUUUUGAAUCACUCAAGGUUGUCGGUCGGGGCGCUUUUGGCGAGGUCCGCUUGGUGCAGAAGAAGGACACAGGUCAUGUGUAUGCCAUGAAGAUCUUGAGGAAAGCCGACAUGGUGGAGAAGGAUCAGAUUGCCCAUGUAAGAGCAGAAAGGGAUAUCUUGGCCGAGGCUGACCACCAGUGGGUGGUCAAGAUGUACUACUCCUUCCAGGACACGAGUUGUCUCUACUUGAUCAUGGAGUUCUUGCCUGGAGGUGAUAUGAUGACCCUUUUGAUGAAAAAGGACACACUGACCGAGGAGCAGACUCAGUUCUAUAUUGGAGAGACAGUACUGGCGAUUGACUCUAUACACAAGCUGGGCUUUAUUCACAGAGACAUCAAACCUGAUAAUCUCCUCUUGGACAACCGGGGUCAUAUCAAGCUGUCAGACUUUGGUCUAUGUACAGGGAUGAAGAAGUCACACAGGACUGACUUCUAUAAGGACUUGUCGUCAAACUCAAAGUCCUCCACCAACUUCGGCAGGGAUCUAGCCAAUGGAAACCCCAUGGACUCUAAGAGGAAAGCUGAGAGCUGGAAGCGGAAUAGACGAGCACUGGCGUACUCAACUGUGGGAACUCCUGACUACAUUGCCCCAGAGGUCUUCAUGCAGAACGGGUACACAAGCUCAUGUGAUUGGUGGUCCUUGGGUGUCAUCAUGUAUGAAAUGCUUAUAGGUUAUCCCCCCUUCUGUUCUGAAAAUCCGCAAGAGACCUACAGAAAGGUUAUGAACUGGCGAGAGACACUCAUCUUCCCACCAGAGAUGCCUAUUUCCAAUGAGGCCAGAGAUCUUAUAAAAAGGUUUUGCUGUAAUCCAGAUACUAGAAUCGGCUCCAAUUGUGUAGAGGAGAUCACAACCCAUCCUUUCUUUAGGGGUCUUGAUUGGGAGCAUAUAAGAGAGCGGCCGGCCGUCAUUCCUGUCGACAUUAAAGGCAUAGAUGACACGUCCAACUUUGACGACUUCCCAGAGAUUGACCUGAAGCUUC